UUCGCCUUUCUCUUCCUCACAUGUUUCAUGUUUGGGAGAGAAAAUAUGGCAGCUCCUGAGACUGAGGUUCAGAUUGUUCCUGCUAAAAAGCCCACAGUCCGUGGACCACGACGGGUCGCCAAUCAAAUCCCAGAUGAAAUCCUGCAGGACCCCGAGUUACAGGAGGCGAUCAAAGCCCUGCCUGCAAAUUACAACUUUGAGAUCCCCAAGACGGUUUGGCGAGUGAGACAGGCGAAAGCCAAAAGAGUGGCUCUGCAGCUCCCGGAGGGCCUGCAGAUGUUUGCCUGUGUCAUCGCUGACAUCAUUGAGAGGUUCACGGAGGCAGAUACCAUUGUGAUGGGGGACGUGACGUACGGGGCCUGCUGCGUAGAUGACUUCACCGCCCGAGCCCUGGGAGCUGAUUUCAUGGUGCACUAUGGCCACAGCUGUCUCAUCCCCAUAGACUCCACAGCAGGUAUUAAGAUGCUGUAUGUGUUUGUGGACAUCCAGAUGGACAAUGCACACUUCCUGGACACGGUCAAGUUCAACUUCCCUCGCGGACAAUCUCUGGCGCUCGUCAGCACUAUUCAGUUCGUGGCAGCACUGCAGGCUGUGAGUGCAGCCCUCAAGCCAGAGUAUGAUGUGCUGGUCCCACAGUGUCGACCUCUGUCACCAGGAGAAAUCUUGGGCUGUACCUCCCCUCGUUUGGACCGCCACGUCAACGCCAUAAUUUACCUGGGAGAUGGAAGAUUUCAUCUGGAGUCAAUCAUGAUCUCAAACCCAGAUAUCCCUGCUUACAGAUAUGACCCCUACAGUAAGGUGUUCUCCAGGGAGUACUAUGACCACGAAGCCAUGCGCGCCUUAAGAUUUCAGGCCAUCGACAAGGCUCGAUCAGCCCAGAGGUGGGGCCUGAUCAUGGGCACGCUGGGCCGGCAGGGCAGCCCUAAAGUCAUGGAGCACCUGGAGUCAAGGCUCCAGUCAUUGGGCAAGUCCUUCAGCCGAGUGCUCCUGUCUGAGAUUUUCCCAGGGAAGCUGGAUCUUAUGCAAGACAUAGAUGCGUGGAUCCAGAUCGCUUGUCCACGUCUUUCUAUUGAUUGGGGCACAGCCUUCUCUAAGCCCCUGCUGUCUCCAUAUGAGGCAGCUGUGGCUCUACAGGGGGCUCCCUGGAAGGAAGUCUACCCCAUGGACUUCUACUCCAAUCAGAGCCUGGGGCCGUGGGCGCCCAACCACCCUGACAACCAACCUGUGCGGCCCACGCGCAGACAGAUUCAGAAACAAGGCUCGGAGCCAACCCCUCCUACCAAGCCGUGUGGGCAGAACCAGUGCGCCCCCUGUGGCUGCCAAGGGGAGUAGCACACGGUGUCCAACUAUGUCUUUGAGUCGUCUCCUGCCUGCCGGUGCUUCUGCCUCUAAUGGCUGGAGGGAGGUCAGAUGAGAAGUGGAGAGCGGGUAUUUGUCCAGACAGUCUAUCAGCGAGCAGUGCUAAAGCCAGAGGAGCCCUCAGCCGCUCCUCAAAUGGAUUACCAGCCAUAAAUAAUCCCUCAUUUUACAGCACAGCAGAUCAAACCAUUGCUCUUAUUCACGUUUUCUGCCCCUCUCUGUAAUGCACACACUGCUUUUGUGCCUGCUGGAGCGAAAGCGUGAGAUAACCUUGAGCACGCUGUAUGGAAUUAAAGUGUUAAUGUGGGUGGAUUUAUUCAAACGCAAUCCACUUGUCCUUUGAUAGGCCACUGUAUGUUGUUGGACACUUAAAAUGAGUUUCCCUUCACGCUGCAAUUCAAAGACAUUUUGUAUAGAGCACUUUAUUUUGAUGUACAGUACUGUAUGUGACUUUUCACAAGAGUAUUCUACUGAAAUGUGUAUGCUAAAAAUGUGACAUAACCUUGUGUCUCUGUCUUGCUUUUCUAGUCCAACUCUGAAACAAUAAAUCAGAAAUGGAACCUC